GCCCAACCAAACCACAAGUUUCUCCAAUAGCUGCAUCCAAAACAGAGACCCAAACGGGGCACAAAAAAGAUACAAAGAAGAGAGGUAAAGAAAGUACAAAAUUUUGGUAAUUGCAUUCUCUAUUCUCUACACAUUUUGCUGAUUCUCUUUCCAUAUUUGUCCACUCUGUGUAAACUUUUCAUUCUUUUGGAAACAAAUCUGUUAAAAUCAAUCUAUUGAAUCUCCUAUAUAACUUGAGCUUUCCUUGGAUUUCUUGAAAUUUACUCGUGCUUUUUUUCUUCUCUCUCGCUCUGUUUCUCGAGAAAGACGGUGUUUGGGAGAAAAAGCAGAGGAGAGGAAGAGAGAAGAAUAUAUGUCGUUUGGGAACAGGAGUGUUUGUAAUUUGUCUGGCGCUACAAAACAGCUCUGGCUCUCUUACCAGUCCCUGUCAAAGUCUGCUUUCUGCACCGAUUUUUGUCUGAGUCAGAGGCUCAAACAGUGUGCCCCAUAUUCUUCCAUGCGUUUGAGAUCACAAAGGACUUGUUCUGGGCUGAGAGUGCUUUGGGGCUUUUCAUAUAAAACGCUUCUUUCCAGAUUAAGGUCCUAAGGUUUUGGGAUUUUUGUGUGCCUUUAGGAAUUUCAAAAAAAAAAAAUCCAUUUUGAAAUUUCUUUGCUGGGGGUUUAGGGUUUAUCUUCAAAUUCAAAAAAUAAUUGUAUGCGUUAUUUCUUUAGUCACGACAUGCCAGGCCUUCCAAAGCAAAUUUUGAGUCCUGGUAUGAUUAAUAAAGAAGACAAAAAAAUAAAGAAAGAAAAGAAAAACAUGGAGGAGUAUACAAAAUCGAUGAGAAAACUUCGAAUUGUUUUUAAUGAUCCUGACGCCACUGAUUCAGAGAGUGAAAAAGAUGAGCCAAUUCAAGGUAAUAUACAUAUUUCUGCAAGAGUUAAGCGUGUUGUGAAGGAAUUUGUUGUUCCGGGCAUUCAAUAUGAAUCAUCUACAGAUAAUUCUUUGAAUUGUUGUGAAAAUGGAGGGAAAAUAGAUGCUAAAAUUGGCAAAAAUAAGAAGGUACAAAGAUCAUCGUCCAUGUACAAAGGUGUUCGGAGAAGGAAAUGGGGAAAAUAUGCAGCAGAGAUUCGAGACCCGAUUAAAGGGAAAAGAGUGUGGCUUGGUACUUACAAUACUGCAGAAGAGGCUGCAGAAGCUUACCAGACAAAAAGACUUGAGAUUGAGAGAAUUCUCAUGGUGGAAAAGAGUAAGAAUUCGAGUUCAUCAGUUGAUUCAACUGUUGAGAGCUCUGUGACUGCUCAAUAUGCUUCGGAGGAGACUAAUUGUCUGCAUUUUCAUCCAUCCCCUUCGUCAGUACUCGAUGUUUCUUCACCAACUCCCUUUGUUAAUGGCCUGGGAAAUCCAAUGAACAAAGAAGCCAAUGCACUAAUGGUUUACCCCUCUGCUUCGGGGGAGACUAAUGGCUUGUAUUUUCUUCAACCCCCUUCGUCUGUGCUUGAUGUUUCUGCACCAGAAACCUUUGUUAAAGGCCCGGGAACUCCAAUCAACGACAAAAACAAUGCAGUACUGAUUUAUUCCUCUGCUUCAGAGGAGAGUAGUGGUUUGUGUUUUCAUCCAUCCCCUUCUUCUGUGCUUGAUGUUUCUGCAUCAACUCCAACUCCAUUUAUUAAUGGCCUGGGAAAUCCACUCAACGAAGAAGCCAAUGAAAGAAAAUUCGAGGAAGAAAAACAAUGUAUUUCGGGUUUAUUGGAUGGUCAACUAGUCUCACCCUCCAUUAGUAAGGAGUUCAAUAUGGAACUUGAUGACCAUUUGCUAUUUGGUGGUGAUAUGGGAGAUCAACUGAUUACAGAAUUCCUGGAAGUUAUGCCAAUGUCACCCACUGUUUGUCAAGAGCUCGAUUUUGGUUUCGAGCAGAAUUCACUAUAUGCUAAUGAUCUGAGGCAGAUGGGCUUUGAGGAGUUACACGAUAAUGGUUUCACACACUUUUUCAGUGGUCUAAAUGAUCGGGACGAUGAUUUUGCAAUGCAUGGGUUUGUAUAUGUAGGAGGAAAUGAUCUGCUAGAGUUGGACAAAGAGGAGAUUGCUUGGUUAGACGAAACCUUGAUAGAAGACCAAGCCUAUGAUUUCUGCAUUCGGGAAUAACUAUUUUUCUUCCCGUAAAUUGGAAAUUGCUCCAAUCACGCAGUUUAAACUGAAGCUGCAAUGCAAACUUCGAAUGCACACAAAUCGCAUGUAAACCAGACAUCUUGAUUCAAACCCGGUUUUAUGCACGAAAUUAGAAGUUCAAAGUUCUCCCCUUAGUAAGGUUUUCUUGGUAAUCAGUGGAAUGAGGAGAGUUCUUGGGUUUUCUCUGUGCUUUUAGAGCCGUCCAAGAUUUUUGUCUUGCCCAUUGAAAUUGAGAAAUCUGUAUAUUGAGAAUCUGAACUUUGCAUGACUGACAA